AUGUUCUCUCUGUGUGACAGCGCGCUGUGCUACUACAUUGAGGACAUAUGCUCAGUGCUAGAUGGCAGAUCCACUUAUGCAGAUAUUUCAGAUAUGAAAGAGCCAUGCGAUGACGGCAGAAGUAUGAAGGGCCUGGACGAGGCAGUGGGGGAUCUGUUCGGCCUAAAAAGUGAAGUAUUCAGGAUUUUUGAAGGCAAAUGUACACACAAGGACAAGAAGACAAAGAAACUUUUUUCGAGCGAGCAGCAGGAGACUCUUUUCCUCCUGCGCAACUCUGCCUUGAAGAUAAAAGAGAUGAAUGAUGUUUGGAAUGGAGUGUUUGACUGCAUUGAUCUGAUGAGAACGGAUCCUCUGAAAAGUGCUCUGGCAGAUGAGAUGAUCUGUCUGUUCAUUAGGCUAAUGAAGAGUAUUCGGAGUGGAGACAGAAAAAAAUUGAAAAGAAUACUGAAUGAGAUAAAGAUAAAACUGGAAACAGAAACAGAAACAGAAGAAGAAGCAGCAAGAAAAAAAGAGAUAGAAAAGAAGGGAGAAGACAGAAGAGGUAGAUUGCCGCAUGAAAAUAAAAAAGAUACAGCUGUUGCUAAUCUAGAGAAUGAAGAGACAGAGGAAGAUGAGAUACCAAGCAAAAAGAUCAGAAGAAGAAGAGUAAGAGCAGAGCAAGAAAUAAGAGCAGCAGAUAGUGGUAGAAUAAAGGAGAAUACAGAACCACAACUAGAGACAAAUGAACAGCUUAAGAGAAAUAAUUUGGAUCUAUUAAACAGCUUAAUGAUGGCUAUACCCAAAAUACAGUACAGUUCAAUGGAUGAAAUAGAAGAUUUUAUAAACAAGAUAAGAAAGUACAGGAAUAUAAAUAGAAAACAGACGGCGAGAAGCUCUAAAGACAGAUUUAUCAUAGAAAUGUCUGAAGACGAAGAGGAUGCUGAUAGAACGACAAAGAAAGACAAAAAUGAAAAUAUAACAGAUAGGUUAUCUACACAGUAUUUGGCAUUGAAAGACCGCAUCAGCCAGAACAAGAACAAAUGCGUUGCUGUUUCAGUCAUUUCUAUAUUUGUAACGGUGUGUGCUGUAGUAAACGUGAUAAAUGCAGUUCAGAAGCAGAGGAUAUUAAGCUAG